AUGUGUAGUGCUGGGGAGGAACUGGUGGUCAUCGUACAUGUAGUUAACAAUGACAUAGGGAAGGAUGGAAAAGAGAUACUGGAGGCCAAAUUUAGGCUGCUAGAUAAAACCAUGGUGAAUAGAGAACAGGGAAAUCAAACAUCCGUCACAGAGUUCAUCCUCCUGGGAUUCAAAAAUAUCCCGGAAUUACAGACUCUUCUCUUCCUGCUCCUUCUAGUGAUCUACAUUGGGACCAUGGCCGGGAACAUCCUCAUUGUUAUGGUAGUUGUGGCUGAUCAGCACUUUCACACCCCCAUGUACUUCUUCCUGGUGAAUUUGUCCUGCUUUGAGAUCUGCUGCACCUCCACCAUCCUGCCCAGGAUGCUGGCCAGUCUCCUGACUGGGAACAGAACCAUCUCCAUCAGAAACUGCUUCUUGCAAUAUAAUUUCUUUGCUUUCAUGGUAGCUGCUGAGUGUUAUCUUUUAUCUGUGAUGUCUUAUGAUCGGUAUUUAGCAAUCUGCAAACCACUGCGUUAUGCAGCCCUUAUGAAUGGCAAGGUCUGUGCCAUGCUAGCAGCUGCUUCUUGGGUAAGUGGGUUUCUGGCUAGCACCAUAAUCACCUCCAUGAUGUCCCAAUUCAUUUUCUGUGGCCCCAAUGAAAUUGACCAUUUCUUUUGUGAUUUCAACCCAAUAAUAAAACUGUCCUGCAGUGACACCCAUCUGGUUGAACUCACAGUCCUUAUUCUGGCUUCAAUAUUCACCCUGUCCCCAUUUCUUACCCUGACGUCCUAUGUUUAUAUCAUUCUCAGUAUCCUGAGAAUCCCUUCCAACACCGGCAGGCAAAAGGCCUUUUCCACCUGCUCCUCGCACCUCAUCGUGGUGACAAUUUUCUAUGGGACCAUAAUUAUUGUGUAUCUGCUCCCCAAAACCAACACACUGAAAGCCCUGAACAAAGUGUUCUCAGUCUUCUACACUGUUCUGACCCCACUGGUCAAUCCGCUCAUCUACAGCCUGAGAAAUAGGGAGGUCAAGCAGGCCCUGCAAAAAGCUGUCAAUACAUUUGUCGUUUUCACAAGACUUGAGAUAGUCCUACCUGCUUGUUCCACCUUGGAGAGAAAAUGGGGGAAGAGAACACAUUUGGAAACAUUUUAA